UACUUUGCAAUAAUUUAGUCGUCAUACGUUUUUUGUUUACUGUGGAAAUUAAAUUCCUUCUCCGGCAGUUCUCUUCUCAUACAUUUACCAAUUUUCGAUAUUGUAAAUCUUGGCACAAAAAACAAAAAAAAAAAAGAAUGAAUAAAAUUUUAAUACCAAAUACGAAGUUGAAAUUAAACUAGUGCAUGCUAUGUCGACGGAGAACAAUUGCAAUAUACAUACACACAUAUAUGAACAGUAAAUAAAAGUUAAAUAAAUUAGCAAUAAAAGUGCAAAACCACAGCUUAUUGCAAUCUUUUUAAGUAGCCAUACUGCCUUUCACGCAGAGAGUAGUUAGUUAACAUAAUGGAAACAUAAACUUGAUUUGCUAUGUGAGUAAUAGGAAGUGCUGAAUUAUUUCAGAGGAGAAGUUGGCAGAUAAAAUAUAGAAAAGCAGGAUAAGCAGAUUAAAUCAAUUCGCCUUGUAAAAUGCUCCCACGGCCGCAAGGAGCGCAACAGCAGCAAACGAAAUGUUCCAAUUUGGAUUUUCGCAAACGCCAAAUUGAUACAUUAAAAAUAUUCAACGAUAAUGUUGUUGAAGUUGCGGAGCAGGAAGAAUAUUGCAUACAUUUCGAGUCUGGUGGGCGAACGUUGUUACUUGCGGUACAACUAGGUGCGAAUUUUCCCAAUGAACGACCUAAAUUAGUUAUAUCACCAACUGUGCAGCAUCAUUGGGUGAAUUCGGCGACUGGUGAAGUUGAAACGGCGCCUGGAUUGCUCAAUUACUCUCCCCAUUCGGAUCUGGGCCGCGUUGUGCAGGCUAUUAUACGUGAAUAUGAGCGUUUCCCGCCACCCAUUGUCAAUGCCGGUAGCCCAAUCAAUAUACCAUCCCGUUCGAGCAACACCAACACCAACGCUAUGGGUACACCAACAACCGUGGCGGCAAAAUCUUUGGAUAGCAGCAAAGAGAAUUCGCCAUUAGAUUCUGCUAAAUCUUCUAAAAUCAAUGAAAGUAGUUUACCAAAUCUCUCCACAUUGUCGCUGGACGAGCUGAAGCAGCUGGACACUGAUCCGCAGUUUUUCGAUGAUUUUAUUGAAGAGAUGUCUGUAGUACAACAUUUAAAUGAGGAGCUUGAUUCGAUGAUCAGCCAGGUGGAGAUUAUAUCACGUGAGAAUGAAUCUAAAGAAACGAAUUUGAUUGAAUUAAAACGCAAACUAAGCGACGAUGUGACUGCGCUUAAAAAUCUCGGUGAAAAAUGCGAUCAGCUGAACAAAAAGUACUUAAAAAAGUCAGAGGAGUAUGCGCCGCAACACAUACGCGAACUGCUACAAAUUGCCGCCUCAAAUGCAGACUGUGAUUGCGAUCGUCACGUAGAGCAUUUUCUCAAUGGGAAAAUCGAUGUACAAACAUUCUUAAAUAAUUACACACAUUCGAAAAAAGUAAGUGCCGAACGUAAAGCCAAAGAAGAGCGUUUGGGCCAUCAACUGAGCGCAUUGGAACGUGCCGGUAUAUAAGCUAUACGGCUAAUGUAACACAUACGGUAUUAUAUUAUUGUAUAUGUACUUUCUUGCACGUGAUUUAGCUUUCCUAAGGUAUGCAGUAGUUUUGAAUCUGGCAAAAAAAAACCAAAAAAAAAAAAAAAAAAUAGCAAAGCUAAAGGCUACCCAAACAAAUUGCUACGUCACAGGUUUUGCAGCAAAUUGAUAGCCAACUUUCUUUAAUUACCUAUGCAUUACAGUUUAGUCAUUAAGCUUGUAUUUUCGACCCAAUGGCUAACGUAUGAAGUCAGUUUUACUGUAUUAGGUGUCUUGUGAUGUUUAUAUUAUUAGUAAAUCUCCACAAUAAUUGGUGUCCAUCUCGUAUAAGAACAAGAAAAAAAAAGGAAAAAGGAAAUUAUUCAAUCAUAGUCAAGCAUUAAUAUAUUUUUAGUGAGAAAUUUUUUUUCUUAUAAAGAAAAAAUGCAAUAUAAGUAAAUAUAGUUCUCUUAAUUAAAUUAUUAAUCUGCCCAAGUAAGUUACGUUGUUAUGUCUAUAUAGUUAAUAAUAUAGUAAUACUAUAAAAUGCGCUAAAUUAGAGUGAGAGUGCCUAUAAGGACGAGAAACCGCUGUAUCAUCUGUUCGUCUAACCAAACUCGGCAAUGUAAUUUCAGCACAAAAAAGAAGAAAAUUAAUAAAAAAAAAAACCAAACAAAUUGAUUUUAAUCUGUGGCAGUUGGUUUUUAGUGUGGUGAAAAUACCUUCUCGAGUUUUGUUGGAAAAAUUUAGUAUAUUGCAGCUUCUCGUUUUGAGGCGUGCUCUGCUAUAGCUCUUCAAAUGCAUAAAUAAAACUGAAUAAAUACGAGUACAUACAUACGUGAUGAGUGCAUUUAAUUAUUUAAUUAUUUUAUUUUGUGCAAUUACUAUUCAUUGCUUAGUAAUGUGAAUGCAUUGUAAUAAAACUGCAAAGUCAACCAGAACUUAUUGUGAUGUCAUUUAACACCAUAGAAAUAAGCAGAUAUUACUGGCAAAAUUUGUAUAUUUGAUUCAUUGCAAAUAAAUUGAAUUCCAAUAAAAUAUUAUAUUAAACGA